AUGGAAGUGAUGGAAAUCGCUGGAAAAUAUCCACUAAGAGCUCCAACAACCCUUGCUCUCGAAAUGGAGUUCAUAGGGGUUGGAUGGAUUAGUUUGGGCAAUGAUCCUAUGGCCUCCAAGCUUGUUAAAGUCGCUGCCUUUAUUGCUUUUUACUUCAACUCGACCCUAAACUCGAUCGAGCUCGGUUACUCUGUUCCCACUCGACUCGAGUCCUUGGUCGAGCUGUUGCUUUACUGCUUUAUUUACUUAUUGCAUUGCAUUACUGUUUUAGUAGGUCUUUUGGAGCAUUUGGAGCAUAUGGGACGUGAGGAGCAAGGAAGGACUUGGUGCAUGGACGCAGCUCAACUGGAUACGCAAAGGAAGAAGGAGGAAGCCAUCUUGAAGACCAGCUCGACCUCAACUCGACCGGCCAAGCUUCAACUCGAUCGAGCUGAGAAGUCAAAGUCAAACCCGAAAAAUGUUGCUUCCCCCUUGACUUCCCUUUGA